AUGGCGUCCGUCUUGCCCCUCCGCUUACUCCGCUACGAUGCCGCCACUCAAAGCUUUGCCGUCGUGCAGCCCAAUGCCCCGGGUGCACCUAGAGUGCAGUCGUUUGACAUAACUUCGUACACGUGGGGACUGAAGAGAAAGAUGCCGUUCAAAACUAAAAUAGAGGGAGUGACCUGGCCCUUGUACUUGUCCAAGAAGAAGCUGCGGAAUAUCAAGAAAUUGAUGGUGCAAGGCGGGAUUGAAUAUAUAUGGGCGGAUUGCGUGUGUAUCAACCAGAGCGACGAUGCUGAGAAGGCUCGCGAGGUGCCCAAGAUGUACGAGUACUACAGGAGCGCUCGCAAGUGCCAUAUACUCCUCGAGAUUGACGAGGUGUGGGACCCUCAGAAGACGGUCGCCAAUCUCGGAUUCGUGGGCCACAUUAUGUCGCAAACGAGUGGUGAGGCGAUCACCUCGGAAGCGAAAAUGACGCAAAAUAUGGUCGACAGCCUGUCUGAGUGGGCUAAUACUGCGCCCUGGGCCUUUCCCAUGGAUAAAUCCAUUGUCAAGUCGGCUUCUAUAGAUAUGGGCGUUCUUAACUGCUACUCCACAUGCGUCAACCAAGUCAAGGCCGUGUUCGACAAUGUGUACUUUCGACGCGUCUGGACGUACCAAGAGAUGCUGCUGGGUAAGAACACCACACUGUGGAGUGUCGACAAGACCACGUUAUCGUGCGCAGGCGAGUUGGGUGUCUGGAUGGACCUGGCGACCGACUCGAGGGACAAGGCGUCCAAGCUGUACGACUGGAUCAAUGAUUCUCGUCAUCUCAAGACCACAACCCAGAGCAUGAUCCUAGCCUUGAUCAAUUAUGACAGUGACAUCCUCCGUACCCUGCAGGUGGUAGUGGAAGGUAUCAACGCUGCAAGAGGCGACAUCAUCAACGGCGGCCCUUUGUGGUGGAAAAGAAACCACAAGGGCGUCGGCAACGUGUUCUCGUCCAUCUCCAUCAUCCCCCGAAAGGCGACAUGGAAGCCCGACACCUUCACGGGGCUUUUGGGUGUAUUUAGCGGUUUGUUUACACCGGCAGAGUUUGAGCGGGAUAUGGCCACCACCGACCUGAACGCCCUCUCGUUUGCCUUCUUCAAGCAGCUGUCCAUCAAAACGGGCCAAGCAUGGACCAAGCUCGCCAUCGGCAAUGGAGAGGAUCGUGAAUGGGGCUGGAUUCCAGUUGGCACAGAGUAUGAAGAUGCAAUUCCUGAAAAGAAAGAAUGUACUGACCACGGGCUCAUCGGGAUGGGGGACGAGGAGGACUUUAAGAGCGAUGAGGAGGAGGAGAGACUUGAACGGGAGGAAAGAGAUGGAACCGACGACGACGACAAGAGCGACGACCAGUUCACGACCACCGAUUGCUUCUCUGGAGUAAUCAAUCUCGGCAUGCUAAAGCAAAACACAAGUCUAGCCAAGGUGUAUGCCACGACUGGCCUCAUUGGCAGCCCACGCGGGUACAUGAAAAUAAGUCUAAAUCAGGUUCCAUCAACCGGGAAUGGCCGGCCAGAUUUCAACUUUUACUUCCGGGGCUGCAACUGCGGCAAGAAGAUCAAAACAGGAACCUUUAAGACCGAACCGAUACUUGAUCACUCCGAGCAGGUGGUCGAAGUAUCUGGCGACGAGACCGGCGGGUAUCUAGUCCAGUGCGCCACCAUGCUAGGGAGUGUCUUUGACCCGGGUAACGACCUCCGAAUCUUCCGCAAGACCCUCCUCGAGAAGCUGCAGCCCUAUUGGGACUUCACCGACCCCAGCGCUCGGCCACGCAACUGGAUCGACCGGUGCGUGAGCGGGACCGAGUGGGAGGACCCAUCGUACGAGUACCUACGCCACCACAACAUGUCGAUGCACUACCGCCUGCGCCACAUCACGCGCUACCGCUCUCGCCUCGAGAACCCUUCCACGCGGAACAUCUCCUGCCGCGUCGAGGUGAACUGCGGCUGCGUCAUCCAGGCGCCCUUCUCCUUCGUCUUCGAGGGCCUCACCGCUGUGUACGGCAGCCCGCUGGGGACGAUAUCGGCUACGCAGGACGGCGCCAAGCGCAUCAUCAUCCGCGACGGCCUCGGCCUGGUCAACCCCGGGGGGGUAGGGAAGAAGUGGCUCGAGAACUCGGACCGCAACAACGUCCUUCGUCUCGUGGCCUUUGGCGGCAACAUUGACGCUCACAAGUGGCAUGCCUCGCAGUGCCGCAGCCAGAAGGAAAGCAAGCCCCUGCCGAGACCCGAGAAGCUGUGGCCCACGGGCAGAGCGCUCGUCAGGGACGGGUUCAGCCAUUCUGCCAGUGACGGUAUGUUGAGAGAUUACGGGUACGCCGAGACUGGGCCGGAUGCGAGGCAGACGCAGCGCGGCGGCGGCGACGACAACAAGUACCAGGACGAUCUGUCGGAGGAGGAGAAGAUGGCGAGGAAGAGCUGCGGCAACCUGCUUAUUUGUCGGAAUAAUCCAAUGAGUCCAUACAGGGUAAUCGGAGUCUGCGUGGACGGCGAGAUUGCGAGCAAGAAAGGGCAGGAUGUUAUUACGAUUCGUUAA